AUGUCUCCGUUGUGGACAGUUUUUUCGCUUUUGAUAUCAACGACUUUUGUGUGGAGUGCUCAGGUUCGGUUUGAUAACUACAGGGUCUACGAAAUAGCAAUCGAAAAUCAAGAUCAACUUCAACUUUUACAACAUCUGGAACAGUUUUCCGAUGCAUACUUGUUUUGGGAAACACCUGUUCGCACAGGAACGAAGGUAGACCUAAUGGUCCCCCCUCACAAAUUUUCCGACUUCAGUGAGCUAGUUUCUCGACUGCAAUUACAUGUGAGCACGAAGAUCGAGAAUGUUCAGCAAUUGAUAGACAAAGAACAAUUAUCGCGGUCGCGACGUGAUGAAUUUGGCUGGACCAAAUACCACUCAUUGGAUGAAAUUUACGACUGGAUCGAUGGUUUAGUCGCACAACAUAGCGAUAUUCUUUCUGUGGAGUUCGUGGGUAACUCGUACGAGGGUCGUGAAGUGAGAGCUGUCAAACUAUCGCACAAGGAAGGAAAUCCGGGAAUCUUCCUGGAGUCCCAUAUUCAUGCUCGUGAGUGGAUCACGUCUGCCACCACUACGUGGAUACUGAACGAGCUCUUGAGCUCAGCUGACCCACAAGUUCAAGAACUUGCCCAAAAUUACGAUUGGUACAUUUUACCGGUUGUUAAUCCUGACGGGCUGAACUACACUCAGGAAGUUAACAGAAUGUGGCGAAAAACUCGCUACCCUCACAGCGUACUUUGCCUUGGAGUUGACAUGAACCGAAACUUUCCUUAUCACUGGAUGGAUGGCGGAUCUUCAAGCAACCCUUGCUCGGACACAUAUGCUGGACCCGAACCUGCUUCCGAAAUAGAAUCAAGAAAUAUCAUGGAUUAUUUUAAAAAGUACAAGGAUCAGAUUCAUUUUUAUUUGUCAUUUCACUCAUAUAGUCAGCUGAUAUUGCUUCCCUUCGGAUACCAGGAUGCGGAAAAGGUAACCAACUUUUAUGAUUGGAUGGAAAUGGCGGAAGCUGCUGUUAUUACUUUGUCGAAGCGGUAUGGUACCUUGUAUACCUUUGGAAAUACAGCUGAGGUUUUAUAUGUGGCAUCGGGAUCAACACGGGAUUGGGCAUUGGGAACCUUUAAUGUGCCGAUAGCAGCGUCAUACGAAUUUCGAGAUACGGGAAACUAUGGAUUCCUUUUACCUGCGGAACAGAUAAUUCCAAACUCCGAGGAAGUACUUGAUUCAUUGGUAGCAUUUCUUGCAAAGGCUCGUGAGCUGGGAUAUUUCAAGGUUGACUAA